UCGGUAUGCUUUAUAUGCGAUCGACCAGUGGAUGAACCGGAGCCGUUGACGGGUCCUUGUGGCACGUACCAUGGGGGGUGCUUCCGAUGCAAUGGGUGUCGGAGAAUUUUAAGCUACGAUCGAUACAAAGUAAUCCAAGCGAAAUUGUACUGCGAGCCAAAUUGCGAAGCCUAUAUGAAUGGACACAAUGAUGUUGCACAAAAAAUCGAUGCUUUCAAGAAAGAACGUUAUUCCAAGGAGAAGAUGCCUGCUCACCGGUCAAAGCUCAUUCAGAAAUGCCCCAAAUGUCUCCUGGAAAUCGGAUCUAAUGAAUAUGUUACCGCGUUGGACAGAAACUACCACAGGGAAUGUCUGAGUUGCCGUCAUUGCAAUCGUGUGCUUCUUGAAUCUCAGUACAAAGCCAUCGAAGACUUUCCUUGUUGCAUUCCUGAUUGCCGUAUGGAACGGGAGGCGACAUCGUGUAUGUCUUGUAUGUAUGGGUUGAAGACGUACUUUGCAACCUAUUCAACAGGGUCCCCGAAAGUGCCAUCUGAACCUGCUUCACCUCGUUAUCUAUCACUUAGACGGACACCGAGCCCUCGUCCAAGGUCCAUUUCGGUCAGCUUGAGCAAGCCUGGACACACAGCGGAGAAUCCCAAGAUUUGCGUUGCCAACCCUGAAAGGGUUGCGCGCUUGCAACGUAAACUAGAGGAAAUUCAAACAAUGGCGCUUGAAAAAAUGAAUUGCUACGUAUGCGGGAAGAAGGUCUAUCCAGCGGAGCGUUUGAGCAUUCUAAAACGGAUUUAUCAUAAAACUGAGAACGACUCAUCAUGUUGGGUGGCAAUCCUUAACUGCUUCUGGCCAGUACAAACGUUUACCAUAAACUUUCCAUGGCGUAACCUGGCGGCCAAAAAUGCGAGUCACUCGUGGAUCCAGUUGUAUAACUUGGCCGUCAGCCACCGGUGGAGACGAUAUUUGAAAAUGCCGUUCACUACACGACUUGGUUCUGAGUACACCAUAGUGCGUGCACGCUUGGCUAUUCGCUUCAUUAUAGGCCCCCGAAAGCCAGCACGAAAUUUGCUAAUCCAUCACCUUCGAAGUAGUAGGAGUCGAUUUGAGCUAGCCGAACAACUCUCUACAGCGAACCGACGCUGUACUGGUGACGAGAACUUGGAUGAGGUUUGGCGGAAUGUGAGAAUAAAUGUGCUAGCGGAGUUCAGUCCUGUCCGUCUGACCUCUCCAAUGAAACCAAAUGAUCGCUGGAAAUCGUCGAGACCGCAAGUCGUGAAUGAUGCCAGGAAAUCCCUAGCGGGAGGCAAUGAAUACGACGACGCACGCAAAUCUCUUAAAGGCUAA